GCUCCUCAUGAAAUCGUUCUUUCCGUCUGUUUCACCGUAGCAGAUUCAUCAUGAGAACCAUAAACUCAAAUCAAGCGGUUGUCAUCCCAAAAGGCGUUUCUGCACGCGUCAAUGCUCGCGUUGUGCAAAUCCACGGACCCCGUGGAAAGCUCGAACGUAGCUUCCGUCACUUGGCCAUGGACAUCUACAUGGUCAACAAAAAGAAGUUGAUGGUCGAAAAAUGGUUCGGCACAAAGAAAGAAAUUGCCGCAGUUCGUACAGUCUGCAGUCAUAUCGAAAAUAUGAUCAAGGGCGUCACCAAGGGAUUCCAAUACAAGAUGCGCGCUGUACAUGCCCAUUUCCCCAUCAAUUGCGUCAUUUCCGAGAACAACUCUUUGAUCGAGAUCAGAAAUUUCUUGGGAGAGAAACACAUUCGUCGCGUACGUAUGCAACCUGGCGUGCAAGUCACCAACUCUGCCAAGCAAAAGGACGAAUUGGUCUUGGAGGGUAACGAUAUUGAGGCUGUCUCAUUGUCAGCUGCGUUGAUCCAACAAUCGACAACUGUCAAGGACAAGGAUAUCCGUAAAUUCUUGGAUGGUCUUUAUGUGUCGGAGAAGACAACAGUUGUACAAGAAGAAGAAUAAACAAAAUGUACGCCAAUCCUGAAGAUCGAUUCUUAAAAAAAUUUAAUAAAAAUCAAUAACAUCAAGAUUAA